UAUAUAUAGAGGAAGUGUGAGAGCACAGAGUCAUUCACUGUUGUUGUCUGUGUACAUCCACAUUCCCUGCUCACUGUCAUUUAAAGGAGUGGCGUCAUCGUCCCCUCUGAUUCAUCACUCUACCCGUUUUAAAGUGAUCAGCAGCAGUUAUGGGGUGGAUAGCUGUGUCAGUGGUUGCUCUGAUGACUGCGGUCGUGACGACAGUGGGUAGCACCGUCCCUCACUGCUUUGCUGACAACAACAGGAACCCUUCCAGAAGCUUUAACACAGACCUCAGUGGCAUCAGCGACUUCGGCUUCGACCUCUACAGACAGCUCUCCAGCAAGGGCACAGCCAAGAACUUCUUUUUCUCCCCCUACAGCAUAUGGACAGCACUUACCCUGACUUACUUCGGGUCAGCGGGAAAUACAAAGACCCAGUUGGAAGCCAGUCUCAGGGUUACUGGCAAAACAUCAACAUUGAGGCUGUGGCGAGCACUUGAAGUUAUGUACGCUCAGCGGGCCGCCUCCAACCCUCAGUACACCUUCAACAUGGCCAACCGUGUCUACUUCGACAACAUUCUUCACCUUCGACCUUGCAUUACUAACAUCCUCCACAAAGAGCUGCAUAUUGUCGACUUCUCCGAUGUAAGUCUAUAUUUAAAAACUAAUUGCCAUACUACACUUGAGAUUCUAAGAUGGUCCAGUAUUAACUUCCCUUUCCUUCACAUUUCAGUCCACUCCACGCAGCUACAAGCAAAAAUCCUCGAGCUGCCUUAUUCCGGUGAUGCCAUCUCCAUGUUGCUGCUUCUGCCAGAUGUAGAAGGAGAGACAGGGUUCUUCAACAUGGUGUCAGUCCUGAGUGGCGAGUCCCUGUCCAGGGUCACCAGCGGAUUGGGUUCCCAAACUGUGCCAGUUGAACUUCUCCUGCCCAAGUUUAAACUGGAAGAGACGCUCAAUAAUGAGUUGAAGGAGAGCCUCAUGAACCUGGGGAUCCGCGACCUUUUCAACGGCACCUUGGCCAACCUGACGGAGUUCGUAGUGCGCAACCAUCUCAGCGUCAGCAAGACCAUCCACAAGGCCUUCGUUGAGGUGUCAGAGGAGGGUACAGAGGCGGCAGCGGCGACAGCAGUGAUAGCGUACACAAGGUCCAGCUUCAGCAAGGCACAUCCUCUAGUCCAAAAGUUCCACUGCGUCAGACCCUUCGUGUUCCUCAUUCACGACAACCAUACCAAGAACGUCCUCUUCAUGGGAGCUUACAAGAACCCCCCGAGAGACAGCAGGAAAGGAGGUGGUGGGCGGAGAAAUUAAACAUAAACAUAGGGAUGAAAGGGAAACAUUUAUUGUUUAACAUUAUUUAACCAAAGUGAGAGAAGAAAAAAGUCAUAACUGCUUGAGGCAAGGCUCACCAAAAACCCGACGCUAAGAGAGCGGAAUCUCAUGACUACGUUUCGAUCCGUCCUGGACUAUUGAUAAGUUAGGACUGAUAGUGACAGAGAUGCAGACAUAGACAGUUAUAGACAUGGGUAAUAUAAAAAAAAUAUUUAUAUAUGUGUGAGAAGAAUAGUUCAUAUUUCUUUAUAUUUAACUUUAGAUAAUCUAGUAGCCUAUGAGUGGAUAACCCGCAAGAUAUGCAUACGGUGAAGUAUACAUCACCACCACCAUCACCACCACCACCACCACCACACCACCACCAUCACCACCACCAUCACCAUAGUACCACCACUGCCACCACCACUAAAACCAUCACUAUCGCCACACCACCACCAUUACCUCUAUAACUACCACCAUCACUAACACCAACAACAAUAACACGAUCACUACCACCAACAGCAACAACACCACCACCAGCAACACCACCACCACUAACAACACCAGCACCACCACCUACUAAAUCUGCUUAGAAACUAUGCAAAAAAUAUAUAAUAUAGAAAAGUUAGUUAAUCUGAAGUGACAAAACCCAAAAAAAUACAAAAUUAAUAAAUUAUAAGAAACUCACUAAAGACAACAGUACAAUCUGCCAAAGAAGAGCUGAAGAUGUAGCACACUAACCAUGUUUCGUGUAGUAGCAAUAUUUCUACCUAAGUUACGAGUUAUCUUCUUUUCAAUUUAAUAUAAAUAUCGUUAUUAGCA